CCAUGGCUUCCUCAUGGCAUCAGUCAUUUAUCUUGUGCUGUUUGGGUUUGCUCACCGGAACUGAAAUCAUUCUGGGCAGCAUUAACAGAUCUCCUACAUCUCCUUCCGUCAAUCAAACUUCACGUCCGACUGGAGCCACGGUGCUGAUCAGACACGGCACGAAGAGCGGGGAGGGAAAAGUCACUCCUACUAAAGCUCCUGUGAGAAGCUCCUCCACAAGCGCAAAGCCCACAGUGGUGCACUUCAGCACUGAAGAUCUGGAGGAGAAGAUCGAGCCAAACCUGGAGAGACGCUUGUGGGGUAGAGGAAAAGUGGACGAGCCAGCUGAGUUAGAAUGCCCUCCUCUUGGUUUGGAGAGUUUAAGAGUUAAAGAUGUCCAGCUACAGGCCUCAUCAUAUAAACGGCGCGGUCUCGGACCCCACCGCGGUCGACUCAACAUCCAGUCUGGUAUCGAAGACGGGGACAUUUAUGACGGAGCAUGGUGUGCACUACAGGAAGACAAGAAACAGUGGCUUCAGGUGGACGCUUUGAGAGCUACUCGCUUCACAGGGGUCAUCACCCAGGGCCGCAGCUCCAUCUGGAGCUGGCAUUGGGUUGAAACAUUCAAGGUGCAGUUCAGUAACGACUCCAUAAGCUGGAAGCCCUGCAUGAACGGGACACAAGAGGCGGUGUUUGAGGGGAAUCGGGACACGGAGACUCCAGUUAUGGCCAUUUUCCCCAAAUCUGUGGUGGCACGGUUCAUUCGGAUCAACCCACAAACCUGGUUUAAAAACGGAACCAUCUGCUUGCGUGCAGAAGUCUUGGGAUGUGCACUACCAGACCCGAAUAUAUUUUACCAUCAGCAAGAGGAAGAGAAAUCACAGUACAAACUUGACUUCAGACAUCACAAUUACAAGGAAAUGAGGAAGCUGAUGAGGACGGUGAACGAGGCUUGUCCAAACAUCACACGCAUCUACAGCAUCGGGAAGAGCUACAUGGGCCUGAAACUGUACGUGAUGGAGAUCUCUGACAACCCGGGCAAACACGAACUGGGUGAGCCGGAGUUCCGGUACGUGGCUGGGAUGCACGGGAACGAGGUACUGGGGCGAGAGCUGCUGCUGAACCUGAUGCAGUACAUCUGUCAGGAAUACAAGCAGGGCAACCAGCGCAUAGUCCAUCUGGUUAAAAACACUCGCAUCCACCUGCUGCCCUCCAUGAACCCCGACGGCUAUGAGAUGGCCUACAAGAAGGGAUCCGAGCUCGCCGGCUGGGCUUUGGGUCGUUUCAGCUACGAAGGCUACGACAUGAACAACAACUUCGCCAAUCUGAACUCGGUGAUGUGGGACGCCAUGGAGCUGGAGACGGACAAGUCGAAACUCAUUAACCAUUACAUCCCUAUUCCUAAACAGUACACAUCGAAGGAUGCAGUGGUUGCCCCGGAGACGCGCUUGGUGAUCACCUGGAUGCAGUCGAUCCCUUUCGUACUGAGCGCCAACCUGCAUGGUGGCGAGCUGGUGGUCACAUACCCCUUCGACAUGGCACGAGACUGGGCUGCUCGCGAGCACACCCCCACCCCGGACGACAGCUUCUUCCGCUGGCUCGCCACCGUCUACGCCAGCACCAACCACGUCAUGUCCAAUGGAGACCGCCGGCCGUGCCACAACAAGGACUUCACUCGGCAAAACAACAUCAUAAACGGCGCUAAUUGGCAUACUGUGCCCGGCAGCAUGAAUGAUUUCAGCUACCUGCACACAAACUGCUUCGAGGUGACGGUCGAGCUGUCGUGUGAUAAAUUCCCUCACGCUGGCGAGCUGCCCUUAGAGUGGGAGAACAACAGGGAGUCGCUGCUGGUCUACAUGGAGCAGGUCCACCGAGGCAUUAAAGGAGUCAUAAAGGACAAAAUCACCAAGGCUGGAAUCGCAGACGCCAUCGUGAAGGUGGACGACAUCGACCAUCACAUCAGAUCUGCACCAGACGGUGAUUACUGGCGUCUGCUGAACCCCGGGGAGUACCAGGUGACGGUGACGGCCGAAGGAUACGUUCCUGUCUCCCGCUCCUGCAGGGUGGAAUACGAGCACUACCCCACCAUCUGCGACUUCCAAUUAUCCAAAACGCCCAAGCAGAGGCUGCGUGAGAUCCUCGCCAAGCGGGGAAAGAUCCCCAAAGAGCUGCAGCUCCAACUGCACCGACUGCGUCUGCGCAAACAGGGUGCCAGCAACCGGCGCCGGACUGCACAGCGGCGUGUGGCUAGGAAAACACUUUGACCUUUGACCUGUUGUGCGGAGCAGUCACAGGAUUUAGAUUUUGGGAUCAAUUGGGGGUGCAUUCCCUGUAAUUAAGGAUCACAGUGUUUAUAAGCAGCACAAGUCUUACCUCAUUUUGUUCAGUCAGGAACUGAUGCAUUUGAAAUAAACUGAAUAAAAUUAAAG